AAAUAACCUGGAUUUUAAGAAUGGAUGAAGCGAAUACUGAUUUAUUUGGUCAGAAUUGGGCUAAUUUAAUUCAAUCACUUGAUGUUGGUCCUGAAAAAGCCAAAGGGAUAGAGAAGUUACCAGAUGAUCAAAAAAGACAAUUAUUGUCGACUUAUGCGACAAAAAACCCAAAAUCCUCGGCCUUCCAAUACGUUACUCUAAUUAAGGGUUUAAGGGCGUAUAAAAUUGGAUUACCAAAGGGUUCACGUAGAGGUGAAUUGAACAAUGCAAAAAGCAUCCUGUCUGCCACCGAGAUUUCAUUACGUACGAAUGACGUUUCAUGGGUAUAUGAUUUUCUUGAUCAAAAUGGGCUUGAUGUUCUCCUAGGCUUUAUGUCAAAGACUAUUAGGUUGGUGAUUCGAAUGGAGAAUCCAAGUCCUCCAUCACGAAGUCAACGUAAUCGUUCUAGCCUCUAUAAAUCGGAAAGAAGAAAAAGCCUGGAUAAUCAUAUACUUCCAAAUGAUGAUGAGUAUUUUAACGGCGAUUCGGAAGAAGGUCAUCGACAGAGUUUUUGGUGUCAUGGUGGUAAAGCCAACCGUGCUCAUCCACUUUCUUAUUCUCCACCUGCCUCUGAAAACAUGAAGGAAGGACUUCAUCAAUGUGUCAAAUGUUUUCGCGCUCUUCUUAACAAUCAGAGAGGCUGUACAAUGACUUUUGAGCAUCCAAAUGCAAUUAACGUGAUUGCAUUGUGUUUCCUCCAUCCAAAUUACCAAACCAAGACCCUAGUUUUGGAAUUAUUGGCUGCUUUGUGCUUGAUUGAAAAUGGUCAUCAUCGUGUUCUUUCAUCCUUUGAUAACCUAAAACGAGAGAUGGGUGAAAGUAAUCGCUUUGAAACUCUCGUCCAUUAUUUCUGCACUCAUGAGAGUCGUGGCCCUGAUAAUUACAAUUUUGAUUUCAUGCUGACAGAAAGUUUUGCAUUGAUUGAUGGUAACAGCGUCUAUCUGCAACAAGUGGUGGACUCUUCUUAG